GUGUUUCCAAAAACCUUCCAAUUUCCGCUAAAACAGACUUCCUGUCGACAACACAAAGCCGGAAGCAGAAUAGAAGCAGGAGACUGUUUUGAUUCUUCGACCAAUAUUGAUGCACAAUGGCAGACGAGGAAGACGAGACCGGUUUUGAGGAGGAGUUGGACGAGGGCUGCAGCGGUGUGGACGUGUGUCAUGGCCGCCGAAAGAGGCUCUUCUCCAAGGAGCUCCGGUGCAUGAUGUACGGCUUCGGGGAUGACCAGAACCCAUAUACGGAGUCGGUAGAUAUCCUUGAAGACCUGGUGAUCGAGUUCAUCACAGAAAUGACCCAUAAAGCCAUGUCCAUCGGACGCCAGGGUCGGGUCCAAGUGGAGGACAUUGUCUUCCUCAUUCGAAAGGAUCCCAGAAAGUUUGCUAGAGUCAAAGAUUUGCUGACCAUGAAUGAGGAGCUCAAGAGGGCCCGCAAGGCUUUCGACGAGGCAAACUAUGGCUCAUAAGCAUCAACUGAAACAAUUGCAGAGACAUUCACGUUUACUGACGUGAAUAGCACGUUACCUUGUUUUGAGCAUUUAAUUUUUAAGUAUUUGUGUUGGCAUGGGGAAGUGGGGGGGGGGGGGGGGGGGUCCAGUGGUUCCUUAAUUUGUUUUUGCACAUGACAGUACUAGACUACUUUUAUGUACUAUAUAUGCUUAUUAUACUUAAUCAUAGGGCAGUUUCGGUCAAGGCCACAUGAGAAAAGAUUUGGAGGCAGUGCAUCAUUACCAUGUAUCCUGCUGAUCGACUCCAACACAAAAGUAGUUGAGCAAAAGUAUUGUUUUGAGUUUCCUCAGAAAAGCAGGCAGGGUACUCUCAUUGCCUAGUCAAGGACGGUGUGAAUGUGUUUGUUUACUGGAUAUGCCCCAGGAUCAUUGCUGACCAGUCACAAACCCAAGGUGUAGUACACUUUUAACGCUAAAUCUGCGCUGAAAGGGUCCAGUUUAUGGAAUCUAAAAAAAUUGUACUGUAGUUACCAUUAUAAAAUGUUUUUAUCCAAAAUAUGACAUUCAAUACUUUUUUUGGGGGAUAGGCGCAGAUUGGAACAAAAAUUUAGUGGCUAAGGUUAUGUGUACUACAGCUCACUACAUCUGGGCUGCAAUGUCCCACUGAUAUUUCCCCACCCCUCCAUCCUGUUGUGUAUUAAUGUAUGCCCGUUUGCUGAAUACCCCCCCCCCCCCCCCCAAAUCCAUCCUGUGCUCUCAUUAGCAAGAUCUUAGUCUGAUCUCAGUCUCCCUCCCCCUUUUUCUUUUCAUCUUUGAAAACGGGGCGCUGUUAAAUGUAACCCGGCAUACUCAUGUUUUGUAUCUCCCUGUUGCUCAUUAUUUUUUUCCAAUGUCUCUUGGGCAGGUUGUCUGUUCCAUUUCGUUGCACCUUGUGGUGCAAUCAAUGACAAUAAAGCAAUUUGGAUUCAGAUUUUA